GCAGUGCAGUAGCAGCAGCUCGUGCAGACCGACCAUCUGAAUAUCAUCAGAACAUUGCCAAACGCUGAAGGCGACAGUUCGUUUUUGGACGACGUCAACGGAAAGUGUGUGUCGUUCAGCAUUCUGAAAAACCUAAAGUUUCGAAAAUUUAUUCAAAAAAUAUCAAAGUUUAUUUUCGUCAGAUGUGCUAAUAAUUUUCGCGUGCCAACGGUUUGUUGUUUUUUUUUCUUCGGUUUUUUUGUGACAUCUAAGAACGGAUAUCCAUUGACGAAACAUUAGGAAGGCCAAUUUACUAAAGUGCAUAAUCCACCGAAAAAAAUGAAAUCCAAAUACGAGAACAUGAAGAUCAUCUAUAAUCGCAGCAAAAUCGGUUGGUAUUGGGCCCCGUUGUUUGCUGCCUUUUGGUUUCUGCUGUUCUAUUUGGUUGUAGUGCCAAGUUUUCAUCGUAUGCCCAAACUGAAAACCCAAGAGGAUGAAUUGAAGCAACCUGGACAAUUUAUAGGCGAACGUGCGGAAAAUACUUUGCUUCGACUAUCCAAAAUUGGUCCAAAAAUUGUCGGAAGUGCAGCUAAUGAACAGGUUGCCGUACAAUUUCUACUUAGUGAGAUUACGGAAAUCAUAAAUGAAGCACGCUUGGAUCUCUAUGACAUUGAGAAGGAUGUGCAAAUUGCAUCGGGAAACUAUUUAUUAUGGUCCAUGGUGAAUGUUUAUCAAAGUGUACAGAAUGUGGUUGUAAAACUAUCACCCAAAAAUGUGACUAGUGAGGCUAGUCUACUGGUUAAUAGUCAUUUUGAUUCCGUGCCUGGCAGUUCGGGAGCUGGCGAUUCGGGCAUGAUGUGUGUCAUAAUGUUGGAAGUUCUACGAGUGAUAACCAAAUAUGAGACACCAUUAACCUAUUCGGUGGUCUUUCUUUUCAAUGGAGCCGAAGAGAAUCCUCUGCAGGGAUCACAUGCCUUCAUCACACAACAUCCUUGGGCCCAGAAUGUCAAGGCUGUUAUAAAUUUGGAUUCAGCUGGCAGCGGUGGACGUGAAAUUCUCUUUCAAUCCGGACCAGAUCAUCCAUGGCUUAUAAAGUAUUAUGGCAAAAAUAUUGUCCAUGCCUUUGCCACAACUGUUGGUGAGGAAUUAUUUCAAAAUGGUUUUGUUCCCUCAGAGACGGAUUAUCGUGUUUUUAGGGAUUUUGGCAAAAUUCCUGGUCUCGAUAUGGCUCAGACUUUAAAUGGUUAUGUCUAUCAUACUAAAUACGAUCGUUUUAAUAUUCUACCAAGGCGUACUUAUCAAUUGACUGGUGAAAAUAUAUUGGCUUUGGUUAAAGCUUUGGCUAAUGCCCAUGAACUGGAAGAUCCUUCGAAACACUCUGAGGGUCAUAUGAUAUUCUUUGAUGUGAUGGGCUGGUUCUUUGUCUAUUACACGGAAACAGUUGGCGAAAUAAUCAAUAUAUUUGUCUGUGUUUUGGUCUGUGCCACAAUUGUGGCAUAUAUAUGGAGUAUGUCCAGCACUACGGGAAUGUUUAGGCGACGCAUUUGGGCCAAAUUUGGUAUAUUGGCUGCCCUGCAAGUUUGCGGUGUUGGCCUUGGCUUUGGUCUGGUUAUAUGCAUAGCUUUAUUCUUGGAUGCUGUGGGUCUAUCGAUGUCUUGGUUCUCACAGACUUGGAUGUUAUUUGGCUUAUACUUUUGUCCCAUGUUCUUUGGCUUGGGCAUACUGCCGGCCAUCUAUUUUAGUCGCACAAAGGAGCAUGGUUUACCUCUAGCCUAUGGCAUACAGCUCUUAAUGCAUUCUCAUUGCCUUAUUUUGACGGUAAUAACUGCUGUUAUGAUCACCUAUAAUGUGCGUUCCGCCUUCAUUAUAAUGCUGUGCAUAGGAUUCUAUACCAUAUCUGUGCUCUUUAAUAUGGCCACUUGUGUGCACAAGACAAAUUUCCUUUGGCUUAUACCACAUUGUCUAUGUCAGAUAUUGCCCUUUAUGUUCUACACUUAUUCGUGCUAUGCCUUCUAUGUGGUCUUUAUACCUAUGCAGGGACGUGAUUGUGAUUCCAAUCCUGAUAUACUGAUGGCCUCCUUUACGGCUUUAUUGUGCAUUCUGUUUGCUCCAUUUUUGAUACCUUUGUUUUGCCUAUUCCGUAAAUCGAAGACGAUUAUCUCAUUGUUUGGCAUUUGCACAUUGCUUUUCAUGAUUUUUGCUGCCACACCUGUUGGCUUCCCCUAUGUGGAGAAGACAGCAGCUCAACGUUUCUUUGCUGUGCACACAAGUCGCACCUUCCAUAAUGGCGAUCCUCAGAGCAGUAUAAAUCGCACAGAUUCUGGUUAUUUUGUUCAACCAGUCGAUCGUCGCCCUACGUCAGUGAAUGAGGCACUUUUCACAAAUACAAAUUAUACCAAAUCUGAGAAUAUUGAUUGCGAUUCAGAAAUUAUGUGUGGCUUUCCCAUUUAUAGUUCACGUUGGCUUAAUGCAGUACCCAACAGCUUUUGGGUUCCUGGCCCAGAGCCAAAUACGGAUUAUAUACCAACAGUUACCAUUAUUGAGAAAUCAAGCAACUCACCCACAAAUAUUCAAUACACAUUGGAAAUCUCAGGACCCGAUCAUUGUAGUAUAUUCAUUCAGCCGUUGAAUAACUCAAAGUUAGUAGAUUGGUCAUUCACCAAAGAACCGCUGGAACAGAAUAUAGAGCCGCCCUAUUAUGUAUACUGGUCAUAUGCCUUGGAUCCCACACCAUUACAGUUUACCAUGGAAUUUGAGCAUGAAUCAGAGGAUUGGAGUGGUUCAACAUUCAAAAUUGCUGUAAUGGGCCACAGAACUCACGAUGAUAUGUUUGUUGAGGAAGAUUUUCGUGAAUUCUUGGCCACUUUCCCAGCCUGGGCGCAUAUUACCUCUUGGAUUGGUUCCUACAAUAGUUGGCAACUCUAAGUUGCAAUUGUUUUAUUUGCCAUCAUGAUAAUUAUUACAUCUAUUAUAUUAUAUUAUAAUUACUUACCUUACCUAAUUCUACAAACAUACAUAAUGUAUGUAUAUCCCCCCCCACAGGGUCAUCCAACGAACAAACAUCAAAUGAGAGAGAAUAAGAACCUCUUUAACUAUUAGUUAUAUAAAUAAAAAAUUUAAAUUAUUUAUUAAGUA